UGUGACGGACGUCCAGAAAGAAAAGCCCUGCUCCUUCUGUCCCGUUCCUCCUGAUCUCCCUGGGAAAUUCACUUCGCUCCUUUUUUCUCCUUCCUUGUUACUCGCGUGCCCCCCUCUGCCUCUGGGAGGAGGCUCAAACGGAGUGGGGACGAGGGGAGGAGAGAGGCAGGCGGUGGACGAGAGGGAAGUAGCUGGAGCCUGAAGCCAGACUUUGCUGCUUAUUCAGCUCUGAGUGCUGCACUGCGUUUCCAGUGGUGGCUGUUGAGAUUAGUCUUCGCCUGCACUUCUCCCCACACCCAUAAAGACUCUCUAGAAAUUUUUAUGCUUUUUUUUUUGCUUGGAGGAGGAGAAAGAGACAAGCCAGCCCCAUUACUGUACCCUGCUCACUGAAACCCUGUCUCUUUAUCUCACACACUUGUACACUCCUCCCGCCUAAGCCAGUGGAUUUAGCUGCAGCCGUCUGUUGGGAGCGCAGAGAAAAGCCUGUGCUUCAUAGAGGGAGAAAGGACAAUGCAGCACUAGGACACAGACAGAGACAGACAGCACACAGGCAGAGGCACAGGAUGGCCACCGCAGUCUUUCAGGUGUCGUCAUCGUGUGUCCCAGCGACGAACUACGAGCUGGUGCUGGGCUCACUUUCUGUCUCCUGUGUUUGUCCUGAACAGGCGCCAGGCAGCGACCUCGCUCUCAAACAUGUAGACACCAUGGGCUCAACGAAAUCCUCAAAGAGCGUGGAGUCACGGCGCAGACCGUCCAGGAGCGCGAGUCUGCUGCAGGCCCUGGAGGAGAACUACGAGCUGGACCUGGUCUACAUCACAGAGAGAAUCAUCUCCGUCUCCUUCCCCAGCAGCGUGGAGGAGCAGAGCUACGCUGCCAACCUGCGGGAGGUCGCCUCCAUGCUGCGCUCCAAGCAUGGCCACAACUACCUGCUCUUCAACCUCAGUGAGAAACGUUACGACAUCAGCCAGCUCAACCCAAAGGUGUUGGACUUCGGCUGGCCGGACCACCACGCCCCGGCUCUGGACAAGAUCUGCAGCAUCUGCAAAGCCAUGGACACGUGGCUGACUGCAGACAGCCACAACGUGGUGGUCAUCCACAACAAGGGCAACCGUGGCAGAACUGGAGUUGUGGUGGCAGCUUACAUGCAUUACAGCAACAUAUCCGCCAGUGCAGACCAGGCUCUGGACAGGUUUGCCAUGAAGCGCUUCUACGAGGACAAAGUGCUUCCUGUGGGUCAGCCGUCACAGAAACGGUAUGUGGAGUACUUCAGUGGCUUGCUCUCCGGCCACAUCAAGAUCAACAACAAGCCCCUGUUCCUCCAUCACGUCAUCAUGCACGGCAUCCCCAACUUCGAGUCUAAAGGAGGUUGUCGCCCCUUUCUCAAGAUCUACCAGGCCAUGCAGCCGGUUUACACAUCUGGGAUCUACAACGUUCAGGGAGACAGCCAGACAAGCAUCUGCAUCACCAUAGAGCCCGGCCUUCUCCUGAAGGGGGACAUCCUGCUGAAGUGCUACCACAAGCGCUACCGCAGCCCGUCCCGGGACGUGAUCUUCCGUGUGCAGUUUCACACGUGUGCUGUCCACGACCUGGGCAUUGUGUUUGGGAAGGAGGAGCUGGACGAGACGUUUAAAGACGACAGAUUUCCAGAAUAUGGAAAAGUGGAGUUUAUUUUCUCCUUUGGACCAGAGAAGAUACAUGGCACCUCUGGUCAAGGUGUGGAUCACCUGGAGAACGGGCCGAGCGUCUCGGUGGACUACAACACACAGGAUCCCCUGAUCCGCUGGGACUCCUACGAAAACUUCAACCAGGACUGCGAGGACACGUCGGACGACGUCAUCCAUACCCAGGGCCCCCUGGACGGCAGCCUCUAUGCCAAAGUUCGCAAAAAGGAGUCUGUUGAUGGACUGGUGACUGCAAACGGCCUUCCACCCAAUGCUGCUGAACUACCUGCCGUGGAUCAUGCCUUAUCAGUGAGCAGCGACUCAGGAAACUCCACUGCCUCCAUCAAGACAGACCGAACGGAUGACGCAGCAGCCUCCAAAGUGAACCAGACACACGUUGCUGUGGGCGACGAGCCGCCCUCCCUUCAUCAGCACAGCCCAUCGGCACAGCAAGCCAUCAGUCCCCAGGAGAAACAGGAGCUGGAGCAGCUGCUGAGUGGCUUGGAGGGCCCCAUGAAACGGCAGGGCUACCUGUCCACCCCCACAUCUGCUGCGGCUGGAAUGCUCCACCUGGUGCCUGCACAGGUCCACGUCAAUGGACACAGCAGCAUUGACCGGGAGACUGACAUUUUGGAUGAUGAGCUCCCGACCAGUCAAGAGGGCAACAGCGUGGACAGCCUUGGAACACUCUCCUCCACCGAUGGCCGGGCGACACCUGCUGACCUCUACUACCAGCCUGACCCUGUCUGUAACGGCCAGGACCACGUGCCCUACCUGGAGCGCAGCAUUCCAGAGAAGCCUCUGGAAAACCAGCCAGAGGGCGGCCCUUCCAACCAACAUAUCGCGUUGACGCAGAGCGACUCUGUCCCAUACAUCGUCACCCAAAAUGGAAGUCUGGGUCGCUCUCAGUCGUUCGGGGCAGAGUCAAAGUCCAUGCCCAUGGCUCCCACUCGCACCACCAGCAGCAGAGAUGCUGUUCAGCGUGGCCUCAACAUCUGGCAGCGGUUUGGCGUCCCUGAGGAGCCAGUGACUGAAGGACUCACCUUCAGUCCAGCUCCUCCUGUAGCAGUGAUUCCCAGUCACUACAGCCUCCCACAGUUUCCUCAUCGCCACAGCGCCUCACAACAAGAGAUUGAAAAAUCCAUCGAAACCCUUAAUCUCCUCAUGUUGGACCUUGAACCAGGACAUUCACUGGUGUCAAAAUCCCAAAGUGCUCCGCUGCAGAAAAGCAGCGCUGUGGUGACCACACAGCCAUCCAGGCCCUGUCAGGACAAUGCCAUUAUUCACAGCCACUCCGGGCCCACAUCUAGCCUGCUCAGCCACUUGCCUCCAGCUCAGAUGUCACUGGGGAAGCCUGGUACCCCAGAACCUUCCUCUGAAACCGCUCCUCCCUCACAAGUGUACCCUGCUGUGGCUGGACACCUCCAGCUCAAGCCCAUCAACACCUACCCCCCGAGCUCGCCGUCCCAAUUCAUGGAGGUCUCUGAGAGCCAGAGAAGUGCCGCAUCAGCAUCGCCGCCGCCAAGAGAUGUCGAGCCCGAUGAAGUCUUUAAUGUUGAAGGUUUGGUCGCUCAGAGAGUGGCUGAAUACUUGGCUCGUGCCCAGAGCGUCAUCCCCAGCAUGACCUCUUCUCAGUCUGAGCACCGUCGUUCCCACUCCCUUUCGGGUGUCCAGGCCCGUACUUUGUCGUUGGAUGAGCCUACAACUGUCCCACGACGUCGCAUAACUAGUGAGGGGCAGUAUCAGAACAGUCCUGAUGGGUCCUCUCCAGAUGGCCCAGUUCGCUCCCCCAUUCGCUGUGUUUCUCCAGAGUUUGUCAAUGCAAUAGCAAUGAACCCAGGGGGUCGGCCAAAAGAGAGACAUAUGCACAGCUACCGGGAGGCCUUCGAGGAAAUGGACGGAGGCCCGAUCAGUCCUACGGCCACAGUUGGUGGUGAGGUGCUUCCCCAAACCCCUGCCUUCCCCACCUCGCCGCAAACCCCUUACUUCAACCUGUGUCGGUCCCCUCCUGGUCUCGCUAAGACUCCAUUGUCAGCACUGGGUUUGAAACCUCAUAACCCAGCAGAGAUCCUCCUAAAUCAAACAGGCUCAGAUGAUGAGAGCAGUGAGUGUGAGGAAGCACCGAGAAGUUAUGUUGAAUCCGUGGCGAGGUCAGCGGUAGCAGGCGGAGAACCCCCCACAUCACCUAGGAGCAUUAGCCCACCAGAGGAAAGAAGUCCAAGCCCCCCCUCCCACUCACUGAACCCACCGUUGUCCAGCAGCAGUCCCAUCCAGAGCUCACAGGGUGAGCAUGCUUCAACGGAAAGCAGUGUUAGUACUCCGUCCCAAACAACUACUGACUCAGGCUUCCGUUCCCAAGCUACAGAGAGUGCCCACCCUACUCCCACCCUGUCAUAUCAAACCAUGAAUACUCACACCUCCCCCUACCUGGACUCCACCUUUCCUGCCUCUACUUACAUUGGCACUACCAAUCAUGCACUGUCACACCUUGGCCCCAGUGCUCUCCUGGGGCUCCACGUGUCCUCAGAUUCGAGCCCAGCCACCUCACAACCCUCUCAGAUGACACUCACCCAUGGAAGUCCCCAUGUACAGCAACCGACCAAUAUCCUUAGCUCCACUCACAGUCCGGUUCUGCAGCAGGGCUCGACAUCUAAUCACGACGGAUCCACCAUGGUCCAGAAAACACCAUCCGCUAAUGGCUUUGAUGGGAGCAUGCCGGGCGUCAGUGGCAGCCCGAACCUUGGCCGUCGUCUGUCUCAGGGAGCUCAAAGCAGCCCAGUUCUCAGCAGACAGGCCUCUCUAGGACAGGUAUGUCAGCAGAGCCCAGUCCUCAGCAGACAGCCAUCCCUGGGCCAGCCCGUUCAAAGCAGUCCUGUGCUCAGCCGCCAGCCAUCAGUCACACACCCACAAGGGAGCCCGGUGUUGGCUCAUCACCCGACUAUUUCACAGAUGUCGCAGAGAAGCCCCAGCUUGGAUCGUCACCCUAUGCACAGUGGGUACACUACCCCAGAUGAGAGACAUGGGAAUCUGUCAAGACAAAGCAGCUCCUCUGGCUACCAAGGUCCACCUACUCCGUCCUUUCCCAUCUCACCAGCAACUUACCAGGAUGGAGGGCUGAUGGGAAUGGGUGGGGGAUUCCGGCAGGGUAGUCCAGGCCCUGGUUUCCAACCUCAGCUUCCAGAGAAGAGGCGCAUGUCAAGUGGGGACAGACCAAAUGGAACUCUCUCCUACGGCUCGCUGAAUGGAAAGAUAAUGUCUCCAGCAAGUGGAGGAAGCACGCCCAGCUACUUUCACACCCUCUCUGACUUCUCAAAGUUCAAUCUGCCUGAUGGAAGUCCUGACAAUAAACUGAAUGUGAAGUUUGUCCAAGAUACAACCAAGUACUGGUACAAACCGGAAAUUUCUAGGGAGCAAGCUAUCAGCCUGCUGAGAGAGAAGGAGCCUGGUGCCUUUGUCAUCCGGGACAGCCACUCCUUCAGGGGAGCUUAUGGUUUGGCUAUGAAGGUAGCCUCACCGCCGCCCACUGUGCAUCCCAGCAAAAAAGGUGACAUCACCAAUGAGCUGGUGAGGCACUUCCUGAUCGAGAGCAGCCCUAAAGGAGUGAAGCUCAAGGGCUGCCCCAACGAGCCCUACUUCGGCUGUCUCUCUGCCCUGGUCUACCAACAUGCCAUCACGCCGCUGGCCCUGCCCUGCAAGCUGCUCAUCCCUGCCACAGAUCUCAUUGAGGAGGUGCCAGAGGUUGCAACCACGAAUCCCCUCGCUGAUCGACUGAAACAAGGAGCAGUGCAGAGAGCCCCUGCUGAUUCUCAUGCAUGCAAUGUGCUCUACAUCAACUCCGUGGAGAUGGAGUCACUGACAGGCCCUCAGGCCGUGGCCAAGGCCAUAUCUGAGACGCUGGCUUCUGCUUACCCACCCGCUGCCACCGUUGUGCACUUCAAGGUGUCCUCGCAGGGCAUCACGCUGACCGACAACCAGAGGAAAGUUUUCUUCAGACGCCACUACCCUAACAACACUGUCACGUUCUGCGAUAUUGACCCUCAGGACAGGAAGUGGAAAAAGCCUGAGGGAGGCACAGCAAAGUUGUUUGGGUUUGUGGCACGGAAGCAGGGAAGCACAACAGACAACGUUAGCCACCUCUUUGCUGAGAUGGAUCCUGAGCAGCCUGCCAGUGCCAUCGUCAACUUCGUCUCCAAGAUGAUCGCUUCCCAGAAACGAUGAGCGAAACACGGCGCUUUAAUAUCACACAAGUCCGUUCAGCUGUUUUCUUUCUUUGUAGCCACAGAAACUUGUGUUUCGAGCAUUGCCUCUGUUUUUCUGUAUUUCUCUGCUCUUUUACCUUUAAGCAGAUUUAUGUGUGUCUGUGUGAGCGGAUGAAAACCAACAUGGCAAAAGGCGUGUUGGUGUGCGUGCACAGCAUGCAUGCAUGUGCUUCUCUGUUUGGACGGACUCCAGAAUGGACCAGAGGAAGUGCAGGAUGGGGUGUGACUGUGUGACGGUUGGUGGGGGGGGGGUUAUCUCCCUGGCAGGGUACUGGGAAGGGAGAUUGAGUUGUGUGUGCAAGUGUUAUUGUUUUUAUAGCAGCUGUUUCAUUGUUAUUUUUUAAAGAAGUAGUCAAGUUGUUUGUGUGAAGGCGGGCUGUAAAUCUGUCAGGCUUUUGACUGGUCAACCAAAGAAUUUAACCCGUGUAGUCAGUGCGUGUGUAGACUGGGCUGGAAGGAUCCUUUUGUAAAACAAAUACUGUGGCUGCUUCUACUGGUUCUUCCUGUAUGUAUGAUACUGUAGGUCAAUUCUGCACCGUUACCAUGUGGCCAGCGGUUGGUGGACAUGUUUUGCAGCUGUGUAAAUAUUCUACUUUGCUUCAUUAGUACAACUGUUGUAGACGACAUUUGGUGCCUGACCUUUUUGUAACGCAGAGCUUUUUACAGAAUCCAGCGUAAGUAUGCAAUUAGCCAAACUUUGAAAUGGGUUGUUUUGCAGAGAUCCACAGGUCCGUCACUGUCUGGGGGCGAGGCACACGUCCUGUCAUGUAGCUGUUCCUUUCCUGAACGAAGGCGUGCCUGUUUUCUCUCAAUAGGAAGAAGCUGUUUGCGUCAGCCGGCCAAAACUGUUAACACUCGCACUCUACCCAAAACUAAGCUAUACUAUAAAUAUACAUAUAUAUAUAUAUAUAUAUAUAUAUAAAAACUUCCAAACUGAUUUAAAAUAUUUAUUUUUUUGCUUUGUUGCUUUAUGUUAUCUUGUAUACAUGUACUAUAUAUAAGUAUACAUUGAGGUUACUGAACGUGAGAAGAUUGCUUUUUAUUUUGGCUAAAGUCAAGACAUAAGGUGUAAAAUGUGUCACUGUUGUUUUUGAAUGGUUUUUUUUCACACCAUUACUUUUUGUUAACAUUGGAGGGCAAACGUUUUGUAUGUGAGCUUUUUGUUACUAAAGUCCAAAUUGGAGUUAUCCUAAAAUGAAACCAACUAACUUAAACUUGCCUAGAAUAUAAUUUGUCCAAGUUCAGCACUUAAUUGUCUAAAAGUAUUAUGAAAGUGUUCCUGCAGAAGGAGGAGUUGUAAAUGGAUGAUGGAUGAUGGCUGCGGCCCUGCUCUUAUAUUAAAGCAUUUGCUGCUGCCCUCAUGUGGUCGACAAACAUCAUAACAAACCAGCAACUUCUGUUGCAAUGCAGUGUUUUAGCUGUGACGAUAGGGUCAACAUUUAAUUUGAUCAUGGAGAAAAGAAACUCAAAGAACACUUAAUGCUGAGCCUUUUAGCAAGUGAUGUUUUGUUUACAUUUCACUGCUUUCAGAGGCUUUGAUGCAUCAGGACGAGCUGGCAGCAUGAUGUCAGCUCACCAGAUAAGGCUUUGUUUGUACAUUUACAUGUACUUCAUGAAAUAAUAAGUAAAGAUACAGCACUUACUGGGCUUUUAAUUUGACAGGAAUGUUCCAUUAUUUAUUAGCCUGCAUGCUUUAACCCAGGUGUUAGCCUUAGCAUGGUCUGGUCCUACAGCUGUCAGACGGACUCCCAGACACUGUUUGGAUUUCAUAUGACAAUAGUGUCUAAACUCGGCAAAUGAGACAGAACAAACCUUUGAAAUGACUGUUAGGUCAAAGAGGAUUUCGUAUUCCUUAAGCUGAAUGUUAGCAUCUGUUCGUCAACAAACUGCAGCAGCCACCGUGUCUGGACGAGCUACUGUGUCUGUAUAGAGCUGUGUUGUUUGCUACAUUGUACGGCCUUUACUAUUUCUGAUGAAAGAAAACAUUAAAACGCAGAUUAACA